AUGGCAUCCUUUACAUUAAGUGCUGUCGAUUAUGUUAUUCUUGUGAUACUUCUUCUCUCAUCAGCUGUUAUUGGUGUUAUAUUCGGAUUUUACAAAUCAAAGAAGAGUUCAGCUGCAGAGUUUCUCUCAGCUAAUGGAAGCAUGCAAGUAUUGCCAACAGCACUCAGCAUAACAGUAUCAUUUAUUUCAGCUGUUACAUUGCUGGGUGGACCGAGUGAAGUCUAUUUGUUCGGUACUAUGUAUUGCUAUAAAGCUAUCACGGCAAUCAUUGCUUCGUUUGUGACCGCACUCGUAUUUAUGCCUAAAUUUCGUGAAAUGAAUUUUACAAGUACCUACGAAGGUGGUAUAAAAGCUGUCAUUUGGACUGAUGUUCUACAAUCAGUAGUGAUUAUAAUUGGACUUCUUGCCGCCAUUAUUCAAGGUUUAAUUACUGUCGGUGGUUUUAAACGAGCAUUCUCAAUUGCAUCCAACGGUCGCAGAAUUGAAUUCAAUAAUAUUAGCUUUGAUCCUCGUACUCGUCACACAGUUUGGGCAAUGCUUAUAGGGGGUUCAUUAAAUUAUUUAGGUACAUAUGGAUUUAAUCAAACUUUAGUACAACGCUAUUUAUGUAUACGUUCUACACGAGGUGCUAAACAGGCAUUACUUAUCAAUGCAAUUGGUACGGCAUUAGUUAUUCUCUGUUCUAGUCUAAUCGGAGUAAUAAUCUAUGCAUAUUAUGUUGAUUGUGAUCCUUACACAGCGAAGAAAAUAGAAAGUAUCGAUCAAAUUUUUCCAUAUUUUGUCAUGGAAGUUCUGGGUGAUAAGAAAGGUUUGCCAGGUGUAUUUCUUACUUGUAUAUUUUCUGGUUCUUUGUCAACAAUUUCAUCGGGAUUGAAUAGUCUGGCAGCAGUAUUGAUCGAAGAUGUUUACAAAGGAUUGAUGGGUCGAAAAUUGACUGAUCAGAAACAAGGUCUUAUGUCAAAAAUAUUUUCAGUCAUACUUGGCUCUUUUGUUAUCUUACUUACCUUUGUGGUCAGUUAUCUUGGGCCAAUUGUUAAUGCAACUAUAUCUCUAUUUGGUGUUCUGGAAGGUCCUAUCAUGGGUAUAUUUAUUCUUGGUUUGUUCUUUCCACAAGCUAAUCGACGUGGUGGACUUAUCGGAUUUUUUGCCAGUCUCGUCUUAUUACUAUGGAUCUUUUUGGGUGCUCAGAUUACAAAAAAUCAAAUGGCAAAUGUAAGUCUACCAUUAUUGAUAGCCAAUUGUACUUCGAAUACUAACGAUACAAUGGUUGAAUUUACAUUAAAUUGGACAACUACGCUCACAACUUCCACUUCUAUGAAACUUGAUCCUCUCAUUGGAUUGUAUUCGGUGAGCUAUUUGUGGUAUACACCAAUAGCUGUUGGAACUGUCAUACUUGUGGGUAUGAUUGUUUCCUAUAUUACUCAUCCACUUAAACCACAUGAGAUCGAUCCGAAAUUGAUUAUACCAGUGAGUGAUAUGUUCUGUUGUUGCUUACCAAAAUCAUGGCGUGAAUGGUUACGAUGUGGAGUCAAUUACGAAAAUUAUUUCAAAGAGAAAAAAGAUAAGAAUGAACUGGAAAUGACAACAUCUAUCCAGUCUAACAGUAUUGAUACCAAUUUAACAGUACCAACACGUGAUGUAAGCUCGAAAAUACUAAGACGAUCGAAUAUGGUUUCUCCAGCAAUGUCUAGCGUAAUGGAUAGAAUCAAUGACGAUCCUUCUACAAACAUUACAACAUAA